AUGAUUCUCCCUCUCGCGACCUCCAAGGCCGGUCCCCGCUGGGUCCCCCGCCGCCGAUAUGGGUUCCGCCGACGCGUCGGGCUCCUCCUGGGCCUUGGCCUAGCCAUCUGGACAAUGCUCCAAGUCCUCGCUGUUCACCACCGUAUCGCCAUCGCCGAUGCCCGUCCACCUCCCCCGCCGCCCUCCGAGCGCAUCUUCAUUGCCAGCACUCAUUGGAACAACGAGCGCAUCCUCCGCAGCCAUUGGAACGACGCGGUCGUCGAUCUGGUCCAGACCCUCGGCUCGGACAAGGUUUUUGUGAGCGUGCUGGAAAGUGGAAGCUGGGAUGACAGCAAGGGAGCUCUGCGCGAGCUGGACACGAGACUAGAUCGACUUGGCGUGCGACGCAACAUCACGCUGUCCGACAGAACACAUCAGGAUGAAAUCUCCGCGGCGCCCGGGCGCGAUGGCUGGAUUGAGACCCCGCGGGGGCGGACGGAGCUCCGACGCAUUCCAUAUUUGGCCCGGCUCCGCAAUUGGACCCUGCAACCGCUGGAAGACUUGGCUCGCCAGGGGAUUACCUUUGACAAAGUGCUUUUCUUGAAUGAUGUCGUCUUCACGAUCGACGAUGUAGCGACUUUGCUGCAGACCAACAACGGGAUCUACGGAGCUGCUUGCUCCCUAGACUUCUCAAAGCCUCCUCUUUACUACGAUACCUUCGCAUUGCGUGACUCUCUAGGUGAUGAACAUGUCAUGCAGACCUGGCCGUACUUCCGCUCUGCCGCCUCCCGCAACGCGCUCAUGAACAUGGAGCCAGUGCCCGUUAGGAGCUGCUGGAAUGGGAUGGUGGCCAUGCCCGCCGCGCCCUUUGUAUCUGCUACACCGCUGCGGUUCCGUGCAGUUCCAGACUCUCUGGCUCUUUCCCACCUCGAAGGAUCUGAAUGCUGUCUCAUUCACGCCGAUAACCCCCUGUCGCAGGCACACGGAGUUUACCUCAAUCCUCAUGUUCGCGUGGGAUAUAAUCCAGAAGCAUAUGCGGCUGUGCAUCCAGCGCGGGCGUGGCUAUCCAGGCAAAGCAUCGCUCUAGCACUCUGGAAGAAUCGAAUCCGACGCUGGACGACCACCUCCUACUUCAAGAUGCAGGUCGUCCGCAGUCGUGUCGCGAGGUGGGAGAACGCCCACCCGGAGCAGCAGGAAAGUGGUGAUUUCUGCUUGAUUAAUGAAAUGCAGGUCUUAGUAGCCAAUGGCUGGGCGCAUGUAUGA